UAUACUUCCGACUGGUUUUAGGUAGCUUAUUGUUUACAUCAACCAUCCUUAAAUGCCGCAUUUAAUACAAACGCCAGCCAAAAGUUAACAAAUAUCUCCUUAAGCAAUUUUUGUGGAGAAAAGCAUGUCUGAAUUCGAUAAUUAUUCUAAUUUAAAAGAUUUGGGCUGGAUUAAUAUCCCAGGAGUUAAUUUUAUUAUGAAAUAUAAAUUUUCCGAGGAAGGAUACUCCAUUUUAGUUACUAAUCUUAAAGAAAUAUUUGGCGAAAGUAUUAAUGAAGAUCUAGUACAACAAAGAUUUUCUGAUUUGAAUGUGCAUGCUAAAAUGAAAACAAAUGUGAUCAUGAGAAAUCUGGAAAGAAGUUUAGACAUGCAUUUGACUAGGGAGGAUUUUAUCUUCAAAUUAGAAUGUUUCGAGAAAUGUAUGAGAUUCCAAGUUCAGUUCAAUGUCAAUAGAGCGUCUCUAAUUUUUAAUUUUGAGCCUUGUCUCUUAUCAUUCCAUGAACUAAGAACGCACAUUUUAGUGCCUACUCUUUGUCAUGCUUUGUUAACUUAUCAGGAAAACAUUGCUUUAAAGAAAAGACUUAGCCAAUGGGAAAGCAAACAGAAUCUUGAAUCAGUAUCUAAAUCUAAACAUAUUUUACUGGAUUAUAAAAUGAACUUAAAUGCCUUUAAUCUAAUGAAUAAUACAAAUGUUUCUGAUGCUGAUAUUGUCGAUUCGUUUUUGAAUGUUCAAAGAGACAUGCAAGACUGUUCCGUCAAAAGAAAAAAAGUUAUAGAACUUCAGAAAAAUCAACUGUCAGAAAGUCCAGAUAAGUCUCAAAUGCCGAUUAAGAAGGAAAUACCUGAAUCUUCAUUUCCAAUACAAUAUGAUGAAGAUAGGGAAGAACUGGACAGAAAAGCUCCUGUCAAACGAGAAAUUUCUGAUUCGGGAUCUGAAGGUCCAAAUGAAGAAAAUAUUGCACAGACUUGUAAUCAAGCUUCAUCUUCCAUGAAUCUUAAGAAAACAAAAAAUAAGAAGAGUUUUAAAUUUUGAAAUGAAAUGUUUUGUUUCAACAUUUGUAAUUAAAAUAUUUAUCACUUUUCCUUUAAUGAUGAUUCCUAUUAAAUAUUUAUUUUGUUUAUUGUGAAUUUCUGGUUUUCAUUGUAUAUUCUUUAAAAGUUACCAUCCCUUUGUCGAUGUUGCCGUUCUUUCCAAGUAAUAGCUAGGAGACGGAACCCUUGUGAAAUCCUAGAAACAAAGAGUGAUUGAUGUCUUGUUUGUAUAAAAAGAACAAUUCCUUUUUAUUAUUCAAUAAUAUUAGAUACCUUUUUAUAGAUUUUUUGUUUCUUGUGCUUAUGACUGUGCCCUUGCUUGGUAUUUCAGUUAACAGUUACUUGUUGUCAAGGCAAAAAAGAAAUUUUAUUAUUUUUUUUAUGCACAUUAGUGUUCAAUAGAUUGGUGAUGAUAAAUGAGGAACUGUUGUUUAUAUUUUAAUUCUAUAUGUAUGAACAUUUAUUUCAUGAUUUUGUGGAUUGAAUAUAAAGAUUUCUGAAAAACACUUUA